AGGCCGCCAUGGCAACGAGUAAACCAUUUUACCCGAAGUGGUUCAAGUUUUAGGCUUCAGUUGAAAAUAGGAGGCUUGUGACUAGGAACCGGAGAUAGCCCGACUCGUCGUUCCUGUCUGGCUUCGUCGUUUUUUGCUAAGACCGACGAAUAAGGAUAACGCCCUUAGUCGUCUUGAUGGUCCUUUAUUGGACAUGAGCGAAGCGCAAACUCAGACCGAGCACUGAUCGCGUUAUGUCGCGAAACUCGCUUAUCAGUUUCUGUCGGUUUCGGUACGAAACGCCAGAACAGGCUCCUCAGCCCGCUAUUACCAGCUGACUGAUGCGAUACGGUUGAAAUUCAGCUUGGAGCGCUAACCGAGGACCCCCGUAGUCGCACUUUCGGGACACCAAUUACCCAUCAGGGCUAAAGCUCUCAACCAGCCUUGAGUUUAUUAAUCAGCUUUGAGUCGAUCAAUCAGCAGCCAUGGCGACGUCAGCUGUUCCGUCGGUCGCAGCGACUCCACGAGAGCCGUCGGAGUUAGUGCUGAAUAGAGUGAGGGAGCUAGUGCUGCAGAUCGUGGCUGGCGGGAAUCACCCCGAGACGAGUCUCUUGCAUCGGCUCGCCGCGAUUAUCGAAGAUGAGGAGCAAUGGUAUCAGCAGCAAGCGGGUUUCUCCUCGUCGAAUCUUCGAGCCUCUUACACUAUCGGGAGAAUCGUCAGCUCACUGCGCGAGGACGACGAUCUAUACGAGCUGCUGACUUCGAAGCUGCUGCUGCAGUCAUGGCGGUCGCAGGAGGAGCGAGCAGCGGGUGCUCGCCUGCUGCUCGCGUGUGCCAUGAGCUUCGUGUACCGCGGAGUCUUCGAGGAGGGGAUUCUGGAACGGGUCAUUGCGUGGGCCGCCCUCUCCACGCGCACAGCUCCUCCCCCCGCGCUGGCUACCACCGCGACCACUGCCACUGCCGCUUCUGGUGCGGGUGGCGCUGGCGGUGGGCAGGAGGAGGAGGAGGAAGAAGAGGAAGAGGAGGACGCAGGGGAGGAGGGUCCGGGAGGUGAUCGAGGGGGAGGCGGAGGAGCUGCUGCUGCUGCUGGUGGCACUGGCGGCGGUGGUACUGCUGGUUCUGGCGGUGCUGCUGCAGGUGGUUCUGCUGCCAGUGGUGUGGGUGUGAGGGCGAGAGCGUCGUCCGUGCUGGCGACUGACAUGCUGAGAACGUUCUCCACUGGCCUCGUUGCUGUGGCGCUCACCUCCAACGAGGCGGCGGUGGAGCAGGUGGUGCGCACGGGCCUCGUCCCCCACCUCGCCCGCCUCCUCCGCAAGCGGGUGCUGGGGCGCGCUGCUGCUCCAGGCGCAGGGGGGGGAAGAGGCGAGGGGGGAGGAGGAGGAGGCGGAGUGGGGGUGUCGGGGGCAGGGACUAUGGGAACGCCUGUGAGCCGAGCGAGCAAGUUGCGUGGGGGUGGCAGCAGAGGGGAGAGUAGUACGGCUGCUACCGCUGCUGCUGCUGUGGCAGCGGCUCAGAUUGCUGGAGCGGCAGCAGCAGGGGGCGUUGGAGAGGCGAGAGCAGCAGAGGAGAGGGGGAAAACAGAGGCUUUAGGUGAGGGGGCGAGUGAAAUUGCCGCAGCACAAGCGGAUGUGGUAAUGGCCACUCCGGCAAAAGCUGCACCCAGCCCCCUUUCCCCGCUUGGGAAGCUGAAAGACGCAGCAGGGAUGACAACAGAAGGGGGCAGAGAGGACCUGGGGAGCAGAGGACGAGGGGGAGGGGCAGGCGCAGGUAGAAAGGCCGGGCUGAAGGGAAGUAAGAUAGAGCAGAGCGCAGGGAAGGGGAAACAGGCUUCAGCUGCUGGAGCUGGCGGGUCCGAGGUUGAGGGGUUAGGGGUUGGAGGUUUCGGGGCUGGGGGUUCUGGGUCUGGGGGUUCCGGGGUUAAGGGUUCUAUGGCGGCUGAGAGCUCCCUCCCCCCUCCGGCAUCUGUAAAGGUGGGGUCUGUGGACAUAACAGAGGCGGUAGCGGCAGCAUGGGAGUCAGCGAGAAUGGAGGCAGAGGCAGCGAAUGCUCCAGCUGAUGUGGUGGCUGCAGCGGUAGAGGCAGCAGCAGAGUCCGUCAAGCAGGCUGCGGCUGACGCCCUGGAGGGGGGGGGAGGGGACGAGGCAGUGGCUGCUGCUGCUAGGAGCGCUGCUGAUGCUGUGACUCAAGCGGCACAGGCAGUGAGUGGAAGCAAGGGCAAGGCUCCAGGGUCAGGCUCCGCAGCUGCCACUUCCUCUGCAGCAGCAGGGGCAGCAGCAGCUGGCACUGAAACCAUUGCCGCACCAGAAACCGAAACAGAAACAGAGGCAGCCAGGGAACCCUCUGGAAGAACCACCCAGUCAACCCCAGGAGCAUCACAGGAACACACCACAUCCCCACCACGCUCGCUCCCCUCCCCCAUCUCCGUUCCCGCUCGCCCCGCCUGGCAGCUCACCCGCGCGCAGCUGGCGCAGUUGAGGGAGUGGUACGCGGUGCAGACGCUGGCGGCGCUGGGCGAGUACAUGGAGGUGCUGGGGCCCGUGCUGCACGAAAGGGGCGUCGACUUCUGCCUCGCGCUGCUCAGACGCGGGGCGGCCCUCCCUGCUGCCGCUGCUGCCCCUGCUGCUGCUGCUGCUGGGGCAACCGGUACUGGUGCAGCUGUUGCUUCGGGUGCGGACGGUGUGGGUGGCAGUGCUUCUGGUGUUUUAUCUGGCGCUGGAGACUCCACGGCAGGUGCAGCAGCGCCGUGCAGCGGGCCCAUGAGCGUGCUGCUGCUAGCGGACGUGCUGAAGCUGGUGUGCGCGCUCACAGCUCACCGCAAGUUCGCCACGCUCUUUGUGGACCGGGGCGGCGUGCAGCUGCUGCUCUCGCUCCCCCGCGUGCCCCACACGCUCCCCGGCCUUGCUGUCGCGUUCUUCGCCCUCGCCUCUAUCCAGAGUGUCAUGGAGCGUGUAUCUUCCCUCCCGCAGCCCAUCAUCCGCGGCCUCAUCUCCGCGGCUCUGCACCUGCUCCUCUCCCCGCUGGACCACGCGCGCCGCAACACGGCGCUCUUCUUCGCCGCCUCGCUCGCCUUCCCGCGCAUCCUCCUUGAGUUCGACGCCCAGGGGGGGCUCUCUGCCCUCCUCGCCCUGCUGAAAAACGCGGCGCUGCUGAGAGGGGGAAGAGCAGGGGGGGGGGACAACGGUGCAGGUGCUUCUGGUGCUCUGGGAGGGACAGGCUUGAGGUUGCCAUUCCCUCUAGGCGGUGGAGUGCAUUUUCCGAUUGGGGGUGGACUGCGCCCUGGUGCUGCUACUGCUGGGGGAGAGGCAGAACCAGCAGGAGGGGUAGGAGGGGGGGCAGGAGCAGCAGCAGCAGCAGCAGUAGCAGGUACAGCAGCAACCCUACUACUGGGUCCUCCUGGUGGUGCCAGCACGAUGUCAUCGGAGGUGCUGACCCCAGCGGGCCGGCAGGUGGCGCACAACACGUGCAUUGCUUUAAGGCAGUACAUGCGAGUGCACCUCGUGCUGCAUCUAGAGGUGCUGCACUCUGCCUCUGGCGGUGCAUCCUCCCUCUCCUCCCGCCACCGCACCCACCGCCCUGCUCCCCCUCUCCCUCCCCCUGCUGCUCCUGCUGCUGCUACUGCUGCUGCUUCGCCUGCUCCUGCUGCCGCCUCUGCUGCUGCUUCGCCUGCUCCUGCUGCCGCCUCUGCUGCUGCUUCGCCUGCUCCUGCUGCCGCCUCUGCUGCUGCUUCCGCCCUUCCAUCCACCCCAGCUGCUCCUAACACCCUGGCACCAGCAGCAUCGCGCGCAGCAGCAGCCGGGUCGAGCAGCAGCAGCAGGAGUUUGACCAGGGCAGUGGAUUCGAGCGCACAGGCAGUGGAGGGGUUAAUGGAGGCUCUCAUGGUGUCGGAUAGGAGGUUAGCCCAGGCGUUUGUGCGCAGCCGAUGGGGCGCCGCUGAGAGGCUUGUGGAGGAAGGGGCAGUUGACGUGAUGCUGGAGCUAUGCCAGAUGCCGCCCGGGGAACGAACCACGGGGGAGCUAGCAGAGCAUGCCCUGGGCGUGCUGCACGUGCUCACCCUCGCGCCCUUCACCCACCGCCACGUGCUGUCAGCGCGGGUGGCGUCGCAUCGCUCCGGCAUGGCAGUGCUGCUGGAUGCCGCCAGCGGUGCCCUCCUGGCGGACCCUGAGGUCAUGCAGAUCGCACUGCUCGUUGUUGUCAACCUCGUCUGCCCAUUCCCCACUUACUGUGCAGCUGGUAGCCGGACUGCCAUGCACUCGGGUGCUGCUGGUGGCGGUAGUAGUGGUGGUGCUGCCGCUGGUGGUGCUAAUGGUCCUGCUGCUGCUGCUGCUGCUGCUGGUGUUGGUGCAGGGGGGGCUACUAUUGCUACCCCGACAGGAAACCGUGUACUGCCAAGCAUUACAGAAGGGGCUGAGGCAGGGGCGCAGCAGCAGCAGCAGCAGCAGCAGCAGCAGCAGCAGCAGCAGCAGCAGCAGCAGCAGCAGCAGCAGCAGCAGCAGCACCAACAGCAGCAAGAACAGCAGGACGUAUUUUCCACUCCCGUGCGUUCAACACCAGCAGCAGCAGCAGCGACAGCAGCACCUCCAGCGACACCAGCAGCACCGGUCACACCCGCAACACCAGCAACAGCAGCAACACCUGCAGCUGCCACAGCACCGCCCUUAACCCCUCAGGACCGCAGAAUGCAGCCACUAGGCCUAGGCCUGGGAGGCACAGGCCUAGCAGCAUACAUGGAGCAAGGCUACAGGCAGGCCAGAGACGCCCUCCGAGCCAGCAACGGCAUCCGCGUGCUGCUGCAACUUCUACACUGCAAACCGCCCCUCCCUCCCCCCUCUGCAGAUUGUAUUAGGGCGCUGGCUUGUAGGGUUCUGCUGGGUUUGGCAAGGGAUCCUGCACUGACGCAUAUCCUGACAAAGCUGCAGCUCGGGCGGCAGCUGUCGGAUCUUCUGCGGGACGUGUCGGCCGGGUUGUCUUCGUCGUCUUAUCCUGCGUCCGUGCAGCAUCACCAUCACCAGCAGCAGCAGCAGCUGCACCAGCAUCAGCACCAGCACCAUCACCAUCACCACCGGGGGUCUAAUGCCAUGGGGUUGCAUGCGCUGCAUGCUCGAUGGCUGCAUGAAUUCCAGCAAUCAGCUCUCGAGCUAAUCUCGCUCACUACAAGUGCGGGCAAGGCCACAACAGCAGCAGCCACAGACGCAACAGCGCCCACUCUCAAGAGGCUGGAGCGAGCUGCUAUUGCUGCCGCCACUCCCAUCAGCUACCCCCCCAGCGAGCUCCUUCAACUGAUACACGCCCAUCUGGUGUCCGAAGGCCUGCACCAGUCAGCGAACCAGCUACUUGCCGAAGCAAGCAUCAACCCCCUCGUCCCCACCCCCCCUUCCUCCUCCUCCCUCCCAUCCUCCUCUGUAUCUCCCUCGGAGGUUUCUCCGAGUCGCAACCUCCCCCGCACCCUGCCUCCUCCUCCUCCUCCUCCUCCUCCUCCUACGUCAGCAUCAGCAGUGCCAGCUGGCACUCCUGGUGCUCCAUCCACGCCAGCUGGCACAUCAGUUCCAGCAUCAGCAGCAGCGCCAGGUGGCGCCGCUGGAUUGACUGCCGACGGAGCAGGGGGGCUGAGUUGGCCGAAGGGGAAGGCUGGAUGGUUCUGCUCGCUAGGGAGAAAUGGUGAGGGGAGGUGGGGGAGGGGGGAGAAGGCAGGGGAGGGAGGGGAGAAGGGAGCGGAGGGAGGGGAGAGGAGUGUGGGUCGGCAGAGAGGGGUGGGAAUGGAUAGAAGUGGUGCGAGUGGGAGUGGGAGUGGAAACGGAAAGGAGGAGGAAGGGCAGCUGAAGAGGCGACUAUCACUUGGCAGCACGCUUGCAGAUUGGGCUAGAGGCAAGGGGGAGGGCAAGGGGGAGGGCAAGGGGGAGGAGGGGGAGCAUGAGGAGCAGGGCGGGGGGGAGAAGCAGGGCGGGGAAGCCCUGGCUGCAGGCGGCAGGGGAGAAGCGGGAGAAGCAUUAGUUGGGAGAGGGGGAACAAGGGCGGGAGGAGAGGGGGGCAGCAGCAGCAGCAGUGGGGAGAGGGAGAGAGAAAGCACGACAAGCACACCAGCACCUGCAGUGAGGCGGCUAUCUGGCAGGAAGCGAGGGUACAUGGAAGGCUCUGCCUCUGCAGCAGGUCUGCUCGUCUCGCCCCCGGCCAAACGACCCUCCACUCUCCUCCCGCCUCUCCCUCCUGCCAGCCUUGCUGUGCCUUUGUCGGUUCCUAUGGGGGCUGGCACUGCCACAGCUGCUGCAGCUGCUGCAGCUGUUGCACAUGGAGAAGGUCUUGACUCAGAAGGGCCGGUUGUUCACAAGGAAAACCCAGCUGUUGCACAUUCGUCGUUGCCUGAUGCUCGCACGUCUCCUGAUGCUGCAGAUGCCUCUGAUAGUACUGCUGCGGUGUCAGAAAAGCCAGUUGUGGGUUCUGGUGGAAGUUCAGGUGGUGCUGGGGCAGCAGAGGACAGUCAGAACCUGGCAGUUGCCCCAGCCACGUCAGCAGCAAUUCCAGCAGCACCAGCACCAGCACCAGCAACUGUAGCAACAGCAGCAGCAGUGACAGGAACAGUAGGAGCAGCAGCACCCGCACCAGCACCAGCACCAACAGUAGUACCUUCCCAAGCAGUACCUCCCCCAACUUUAGACGGCAUAGUCACCUCCUGGCUAAAGCAGCAGCACCGGCAAUGCCCCGCGCCCAUCACCACCCUCCCCCCGCUCUCCCUCCUCCACCCGCACACCUGCCCCGAGCCUCUCCGUUCCCUCGACGCCCCUUUCAGCAUCACCCGCCGCCUCUCCGCCCGCCAACGCCACCCCUCGUACGGAGGCUGGCAGGGCAAGCGGCUGGAUAGGCAGCUGGUUUUCAGCCGGUUCCGGCCCUGGCGGACGUGUAGGGAGGACGCUGUAAUGAUCACUAGUGCUUCGCCUAGACCCGGAUACCAUGAUGAUGAUCGGGGGGGGUGCGGCGGACGAGGAAGGGGCGGGGAGGGAUCACGAGAUGGGGCGGCAGCAGCAUCACCAGCAGCAGCGUCAGCUUCGGCAGCCUAUGGAGCAGCGUCCUGCCUCCUCCUCUCAUCAACACGCACAGAAGUGAAGCUGUGGGACGCCAGCGACCUCUCCCUCGGCCCGCUCCACACCUUCCCUGCGUGCCGCCUGGGCCGGUUCAGCCACUCGGCUCGCACCAUCGCUGCAGUGAGGACGGAGGGGCAGGCGAGGGAGUCCAGGGAGGUGCUUCUCUACGAUGUUGCAACAGGCAGGCUGCAGGAAACGCUUAGGGAAGCACCAAUUGCUGCAGAUGCCUUUGCUGCUCUGGGUGGUGCUGCCGGUGGUGGUGGUGCGAGUGGUGCGCUUGGUGGGAUUGGUGGGGGGGGUCUGGGUGGUGCUCGCGGUGGAAAUGGUGGUUUUGGCGGUCUCUUCGGCGGUUUUGGCGGGUACGGAGGGUUUGGAGGGUUUGGGAUGGGGCUCGCAGGGGCAGGAGGAGCCGCUACUACUGGUGCCGCCGCCGCUGCUGCUGCUGCUGCUGGUGUUCCUAUAAUGGGUGGAGGAGGGGUGGGAGUGAGCCGCGCGCUAGGGUCGCAGGCAGUGCAUUUCGCCCCUUUGGACGACCUGCUGCUGUGGAACGGGUAUCUGUGGGACCCCAGGAUCAGUGAGCCCGUGCACCGCUUCGACCAGUUCUCGGAUUAUGGGGGCGGGGGCUUCCACCCCUCUGGCAACGAGGUGAUAAUCAACUCGGAAGUGUGGGAUCUGCGAACAAGGAAGCUUCUCCGCAGUGUACCCUCUCUCGACCAGACAUGCAUCACCUUCAACGCCACGGGCGAAGUCAUCUACGCCACGCUGCGCCGCACCAGCGACGACCUCCUGGCCGCGCUGCACGGGCGGCGGCGCAAGCACCCACUCUUCUCAGCGUUCAAGACCAUCGACGCCACCUCGUACACCGACAUCGCGACCGUGAACGUGGACCGGUGCGUGCUGGACUUGGCCAUAGAGCCAACCGACUCGUAUGUGGCAGUGGUGGCUGUAGAUGAGCACGGGGAGUCAGAUUCUGUCGCGCGGGUGUUUGAGGUGGGGAGGCAGCGGGUGGUUGAGGAGCUUGGGGAUUUCGACGGGGAGGAUGAAGGGGAGAUGGAGGACGAGGGGGACGAGGGGGAGGAGGAGGAGGAGGAUGAUGAGCAGGAGGAGUUUGAUAGCCUUGAGGAGGAGCUGUUUGGCGGUGGGUUUUCAGAGGAUUUGGACGAGGAUGAGGACGAGGAUGGGUUUGGGCAGCCUAGGGUGAGGGCUGUGCGGGGGGGUGGUGGUGGGCGGGGGGUGAUGAAUGGGGAGGUGGAGGAGGGGGAGUAUCUGGGGAGCGAUUCGGAGGAUGAUGACGAGGCGGCGCAGGAGCUGAUGGAUUUGAUCAUGGAGGGGCCGUCGGAUGAUGAUCCGGAUAGCUUCAGCGAUGAGGAUGAUGAUGAUGACGAAGAUGAUACGGAUGAUGAAGAUGAAGUAGAUUUUGAUGAUGAGUGGGAUAGAGAUUCUGAUGAAUCAGGCCCAGAUGAAUAGGGAAUUCAUGUGGUUAAUAGUAUAAUUUUCCAUGGGCAUUUCACUGCAUAGUGGAAAAUAAGGAAGCAGGUUCCUU